GGCCCAGCCGGAGGAGCGGAGCGGGCGGAGAGUUGGCUGGCUUCUGUGGGAGUGCUUGGCCUUGCCCGCUGCGGUGGGUGUGGGAGGAUGUGCAGAGCACAGAUAAGGACGGUGCAAUCCGGGAGAGCAGAACAGCUGUCCUGCCGGAGAAGCGCAGGGCGAGUCUGGAGGAGGCGGAGUCCGAGGUCACAUUCGCCAGGUGUCCUCGCAGGGCUGACCCCUCCGUGCAGGUCGCAGGCGGAGGGCGAUGCAGCGGCUGCCCAGCGCCUAAGGCAGGUGUGGGCCAGACCACAGUGAACACCUCUGAUGGGACAGGCGGGGGAGCCAUGGACGCGGGUGACACGCUGGUCCUGGGCACCGUCCUCGCCAGCCUGGGCGCCUUCCAGCUCCUCUUCCACUUCGUCAGCUACUGGUUCUCCAGGAGGGUGUCUCCCGGCUUCAACAGCCUCAGCUCCGAGAAGAAGAUCGAGUGGAACUCAAGGGUGGUCUCCACCUGCCAUUCCCUGGUGGUCGGGGCUCUGAGCCUGUCCGUGUCCUUGUUCGAUGAGGUUGCCAUCGCGGACCCGCUCUGGGGCGACUCGCUGCUGGCGAAGGUGAACGUGGCUAUUGCUUCCGGCUACCUCGUCUCUGACCUGCUGAUCAUCGUUCUGCACUGGGACGUGAUCGGCGACAAGUACUUCCUGAUUCACCACUGUGCCUCGCUGUACGCCUUCUUCUUAGUGCUGAAAGACGGCCCGCUGCAGUACAUCGCCAACUUCCGCCUGCUCGCCGAGCUCUCCAGCCCCUGCGUGAACCAGCGGUGGUUCCUGGAAGCCCUGCAGUACUCCAAGUUUUCCACGGCCAACGUCCUCAACGGCCUCCUCAUGACACUGGUCUUCUUCGUGGUGCGGAUCCUGCCCAUCCCGUCCUUCUACAGCUUCAUGCUCUCCGUGGUGGGCACCGAGGCCUACGCCCGCCUGGGGCUGCUGACGCAGUGCUCCUGGGCCGCCUCGUGUGUGGUGCUGGACGUGAUGAACGUCAUAUGGAUGGUCAAGAUCUCCAAGGGCUGCCUCAAAGUCAUCGCGCUCAUGCGGCGCCAGAAGGCCAGCAGCAGCCUUCGGAACGGAAAGCUGGACUGAGGUGGACAGCGGCCGGCGGGUGCACGCCUGGCAUGUCCUCCUGCCUCCGCGCCAGUGACACGUCACCCAGGGUUUCGGUCCCUCUCUCUCUCUCUCUCUCUCUCUAAAUUUUUACCUGUAGGAAAGAGAAACUAAAAUUUUGUUUUUAAUCCCAAGAUUUCCUUCUUGAUUUUCUUGUGGCCCCUAAGCGUGGACGAAGCGGGAAGGUUUAAAUAAAAGGUCACGCGGUGUGGGUCUU